GAGCUCCAGGCUUCUUUAACACUUGACUAUCCUUCCUUGACUGCUUCCCCCCGUCCUACGUGAUGGCGUCGGCCAUUUUCUUUCUCGAUUUGAAGGGCAAGACCCUUCUGGCCCGAAACUAUCGCGGAGACAUCCCCAUGUCCGCCGUCGAGAAAUUCCCUAUCCUCCUCAGUGACGCCGAAGAAGAAAGCUCCGCCGUACCUCCGUGUUUCUCCCAUGAAGGAAUCAAUUACCUCUACAUCCGUCACAGUAACCUCUAUAUCCUCGCCUUGACGAAGAAAAACACCAAUGCCACGGAAAUUCUCCUCUUCCUCCACAAGAUCGUGGAGGUCUUUACGGAAUACUUCAAGGUGCUGGAGGAGGAAAGUAUCCGCGAUAACUUCGUCAUCAUUUACGAACUGCUCGACGAGAUGAUGGACUUUGGCUACCCUCAAACAACAGAGACCAAGAUCUUACAAGAGUAUAUCACACAAGAAUCACACAAACUCGAGGUCCAAGCUCGCCCACCCAUUGCAGUCACCAACGCCGUCUCCUGGCGAAGCGAAGGCAUCCGCUACCGCAAGAACGAAGUCUUCCUGGACGUGGUCGAGUCUUUGAAUCUCCUCGUAUCCGCGUCUGGCAACGUGCUACGGUCCGAGAUCCUCGGCGCGAUCAAGAUGAAGUGCUACCUGAGUGGAAUGCCGGAGCUGCGUCUAGGUCUAAACGACAAAGUCAUGUUCGAGACCACCGGACGCGCCACACGGGGGAAGGCAGUCGAGAUGGAGGACGUCAAGUUCCACCAGUGUGUGCGGCUGUCUCGGUUCGAAAACGACCGCACCAUCAGCUUUAUUCCGCCGGACGGAGAGUUCGAACUGAUGAGCUACCGGUUGAACACGCAAGUUAAGCCCCUGAUCUGGGUUGAGUGUCUGGUGGAAUCCCAUUCCGGUUCUCGAAUGGAGUACAUGUUGAAGGCCAAAGCACAAUUCAAACGCCGCAGCACCGCAAACAACGUCGAAAUCCUCGUCCCCGUCCCCGACGACGCAGACUCCCCGCGUUUCCGCACCAACAUCGGAACCGUCCACUACGCCCCCGAGAAAUCCGCCAUCGUGUGGAAAAUCAAGCAGUUCGGCGGCGGCAAGGAAUUCCUCAUGCGCGCCGAACUGGGUCUCCCCUCCGUCAAGGGCGACGACGAGCACGGCGGCGGUAUGACCGGAGGCUUUGGCGGCAGUAUGGGCGGCACCAUGCAAGGAAAAGCAAAGCGGCCAAUUAAUGUCAAAUUUGAGAUUCCUUAUUUCACUACCAGUGGCAUUCAGGUGCGGUACUUGAAGAUUACGGAACCCAAGUUACAAUACCCCUCCCUCCCAUGGGUCCGAUACAUUACGCAAUCAGGCGAUAUUGCCGUCCGCAUGCCAGAUGUACAAUGAUGUAAAGCGUUUCUUUUUUUUUUUUUUUUCUUUUUUUCUUUUU